CGAGUUGGGCACUGAGAAUGCGUUUGUCAAAGGCCCUGGCUGACAUGGAGAUGGCAGACUACAGCGAGGCCCUGGAUCCGGCCUACACCACCCUGGAAUUUGAGAACAUGCAGGUGCUCGCCUUGGGCACGGAUUCCCCUCCUACAGAAGGUGGCAUGAGCAGCGGGGGGCACCUGGGGGUGGGCACCCUGUGUGCCAUCUGUGGCGACCGCGCGACGGGCAAGCACUACGGCGCGUCCAGCUGUGACGGCUGCAAGGGCUUCUUCCGCCGCAGCGUCCGCAAGAACCACGUGUACUCCUGCAGAUUCAACAGACAGUGCAUCGUGGACAAAGACAAGCGCAAUCAAUGCAGAUACUGCAGACUGAAGAAAUGCUUUCGAGCAGGAAUGAAAAAAGAAGCGGUGCAGAAUGAAAGAGACAGAAUAAGCACCAGAAGGUCCAGUUAUGAGGACAGCAGCCUCCCAUCCAUCAACGCACUCAUACAGGCAGAGGUUCUGUCACGGCAGAUAUCCUCACCUGUGCCAAUUCUGAAUGGCGACAUCAGAGCAAAGAAGAUGGCCGCCAUCACAGAUGUGUGUGAGUCUAUGAAGCAGCAGCUGCUGGUCCUGGUGGAGUGGGCCAAGUACAUCCCCGCCUUCUGCGAGCUCCCUCUGGAUGAUCAGGUGGCACUACUGAGAGCCCAUGCAGGGGAGCAUCUUCUUCUGGGAGUAGCUAAGCGCUCCAUGCUAUUCAAAGACCUGCUGCUCUUAGGGAAUGACCACAUUAUUCCUCGUAACUGCCCGGAGCUGGAGGUGAGUCGAGUGGCAGUGCGGAUUCUGGAUGAGCUAGUGCUGCCCUUUCAGGAGCUCCAGAUAGAUGACAACGAGUACUCCUGUUUGAAAGCCAUCGUCUUCUUUGACCCAGAUGCCAAAGGCCUCAGCGACCCUGGGAAGAUCAAGCGCAUGCGCUACCAGGUGCAGGUGAGCCUGGAGGACUACAUCAACGACCGGCAGUACGACUCCCGCGGCCGCUUCGGCGAGCUGCUCCUUCUGCUGCCCACCCUGCAGAGCAUCACCUGGCAGAUGAUCGAGCAGAUCCACCUGGUCAAGCUCUUCGGCAUGGUGAAGAUCGACAACCUGCUCCAGGAGAUGCUCCUGGGAGGUUCGGCUCACGAGACACACCACGUCCCUCACACCCUACAUCCUCACCUGGUACAGGAGCACCUGAGCAGCAACAUCAUCGUGGGCAGCAACAUGCCCACCCCUAUCCACAACGGCCAGAUCUCCACUCCCGAAACUCCGCUCCCCUCCCCACCAGCGCCCUCCAACUCGGAACACUACAAGCUGCCCCAAGGGGUCAUAGCCAUGGUGCCCAAACAGCCCACCUCCAUCCCCCAGCCAACCAUAACCAAACAAGAGGCCAUUUAACUCGGAGCCUAUCAGUCUCCUCCACGUGCAGCACACAGCUGUGUAAAUAACUUACAGGAAGCUUAUUGUACAGUCGUAGGGUAAAACUUGUAGUAAAACAGACCAAAUACUUUUCCAAUAAAGUGGAGAGUGAGUCUUCAUGAACUGCAAAAUCGGUGGAGCUGUCCCGUCACUCUCACAAGACUCACUGCAUUGAGCCAAUCGAAACAGAUACACCAGGGCUGAUUGACUUUUCAGCGAAUUAUUCUGUAAGUGGCGGUUUUAUUUGAAAUAACUGGUAGGUGCAAAGGCUAAAACAGGAGCAACAGGUCACAUAUUUCUUUAGACAAACUCUUAAAAUACAUACCAAAAGUGAGGACAUUGUAUAACCCUCCCUUGACUAUGUUUUCACUUAGUACUUUACUCAGGGUCAUUGAACAUAAUAUCUAGGGAAUAAUGCAUACAUUCCAGUACAAACUAUGAUUGUGUCAAUAUGAUAUAAAACCAUGUUUCUGUAUUAUCAGCCAGCCAUACUCUUAUACAACAAAUUGUUGAAGGAAAAAAAAAGCUCAUUUAUGGGUGCAUGUUUAUUACAUUGGAAAUUGGAUAGAUUCAACAGAAGACAAACUGGUCAUGCAACACAGUAACUGACAUUAAGUCUGUAAGCUAAUAGAAGCAAAUAUAAGUCAGCGACUUUUGUAUGGCUUAUUGCUAUCUGCAUUUAUGUUUCUUAUGUCCACAAUAUGCAGAACCUGAGAAAUUACAGUCAGUCUAAGACUGUAACUGUAGGUUCAAUGUCAUUAGUGUACAUUAAGUUUGAUAAAUAAAUUAGGGAUAAUAGAGACCUAUUAUUCUUUUUUCAUAAUGAUAUUCAGCUGUUUUUCUUUCCUAUCCACCAAACUGUCCUUCCUCUGCCUUUUCCCACAUUAGUUAUUUUUUGGUCUAUACUGACAAUAGCUGUUUUUAGGUUGUGUAAGUUAAUGCAUUCGCCCAUGGACACAAGUAAUUGGGUUGUCAUGUAUUUCAUAAUUAAUUUAUUACAAGUAUAUAUUUCAUUAAAUAUGAAAUAAAAAUGAAUGGUACUUAGACCAUUUCUAUGUAAAUUUGUUUAAAUCUCUUCAUUUUGUAUGACUGUAAAAUGUGCAACAUUUAUAACUGGUGCAACUCUCUUGAGGAAAAGUUUUUAUAAACAAUGUCAAACAAGGUUGACGCCUUAGCUUAAACAUCUUCAAAGCUUGUUUUUCAUUUAAAUGAUUGAGAAUCUUUAGUUGUUUAUUACAAGAUAAACUCAUAGGUGGUCACUGAUUUCAUUUGAAAUGAUUCUGUGUGAAGUGCCUUAAACCACUGCAAGAGAUGUUCAACCAACAAAGAGUCUAUUUUUAAUGCAUAAAAGGGUAUGUUUUGAGUUUGUACAUAAAAUGCUGAGAAGAAAUGGCUUGCAUUCAAUGGUGCCUUUGUCUUGAAGGACAUGGGGUGUUUUAACAUGUACAAUCAAAACAUUAAAUGUGUAUUUUAUAAACAACA